GCGAGGGAGGGGAGGGGGGAGAGAUGUGUGAUUCAUUAGGAAUGUAACCGCAGUGCGAGUCCCAGUGACGGUUAUACCUGUCGUAGGUGUGUCCUUGCAAGUUGCACCGCUUUACCCUCCCUGACGCCUACCACGUGCGUCGACCCGCCCACGACGUCUUUCAUGCCCAGACCACCUAUGCCUGAUGCCUGACUUUACUUGUGGGCGGAGAACACCGCGCUGUGUCCCUAGCCCGAAGGACUGUCGGAGUGUUGGCGGAUGUCUUGAAUUGAACAGAGCUUGCCCCUCCCCCUUCCCCUGUCCUUCCUUCAUGUUGUCCCUGCCACUCAGUAUGGAUGCCCUCAUUCCCCUUCUCAUUACGUCCUCGUCCUUCGGGCACGACGGCGCGUGUGCAGGCAUGUUGGAAGAAGCCAGGCAGGAGGCGUUGUCAGCGGCAGCCGACGGGGGACUCUGCCGUCCUCGCGCAGCGCCGCUCAGUCUCUCGCCUUACCUGGUCAGCGGCGGCCACCGUCCCGACCAGCGCCGACUCGCCGUCUGCGCGACACGCGGACGACUACGACUGCGGGAGAAGGUCCUGCCUUAGGAAUCUAUCGGGCGCAGGAGCCUUUCGAUUGUGGUGGGGCGGCAGCGUGAUCGAACCGGCAACGGGCAUGUCCAUCAGGACUGAUAAAGGACCUCAAAGUGUGAAUACCAAAUAGUUGGAAAGGCCUUUUGAACAUUGGUGUGCUUGUCAAGGUCGAGGCAGGACAGGUGCUCGCCAAGUCUCCCAAGUGCGUUAAGUGCGUCUUCCGUAGGACGAUGGUAAAGA